AUGGCUCAACUUGGCGAACAGCGCGUUGGCGAUCGAGGCAAGCCGACUUUGAUCCUUGAUCUCGAUGGGACUUUGAUAGCUACUUCGAGGCAAGCUAGCUUACAUGCGUGUUUCGACUUCGUGGUGGAGUUUGAUUCCGAGGAGCAGCCCGUUUGGGUGUCCAAGCGACCAGGGCUGGAGGAUUUCCUUCGGCAAGCCUCAGAGAUUUACGAGGUGGUGGUGUUUAGCCUCGGAAGGAAAUCCUAUGUGGAGAAGAUGAGGGAGGCGAUUGAUCCCAGUGGAUUAUUUGUGGCAACAUGGCUUGCUCGGGACUCUUGCAGCGGGAGCUCGGAGAUCAAGGACUACAAGGACUUGAACAGUCCAAAGCUUGGGAGGGAGUUGCGGAAGGUGGUGUGGGUGGACGAUUUCCGGGACUCGUUCAAGAUGAAUCUCGAGAGCGGGAUCGUGGUGCCCAUGUUUCGGAACAGCAGCAGGGAUGACGAUCGCGUCUUGUUUGAUUUGCUGCCGCUGCUCAAGAGAAUUGCCGGCGAGGAUGAUUUGAGGCCUGCUCUGCUCGCGUUGCCCCUGCCAACGCUAGAAUCCAACCUUGCAAAGGCGAUCAGUCGCCCAAAGCUUACAAGUUAA